AUGGCCCAGACUGCAAUCGCCAUCCAUGAGGACCCUCAAUACGACCUCUCGACAGAUCAAGCUGAGACAGACAUGGCUCAACCCGACUACUCUGAAGAGGGUGAUUCUCAGGGCGAAGGCGAGGAUGACGGCGACUCCAUGGCGGAGUCAUCCGACGAAAGUGAAGAUGAAGUCGACGAGACUGUCGUUGAGGACAUGCGCCGGUUGGAAGAAAGUUUCAAGGGCAUAUCUCAGAAAUACAGGCUGAUCAACCGCAUUGGUGAAGGUACAUUCUCUACCGUGUAUAAAGCCGAGCAACUCACGCCCCCGGCCGACCUAGACCAGGAGAAUGACGAUCCUAUGGAAGAGUCCGAGGCAGAGAUGCCCGCUGCGAAGAGGCGGCGGACCCGGCGCAAAGCUCAGAUUGUGGCAUUGAAGAAGAUAUACGUGACGUCCUCGCCUCAUCGCAUCAUGAACGAGUUGGAGCUGCUGCACGAGUUGCGGCACUCGCCCUACAUAUGCCCGCUCUUGACAGCCUUCCGUCACCUGGAUCAGGUGGUUGCAGUGCUGCCAUACUUCCGACACUUGGAUUUCCGUCUCUACUACCGAGACUUUCUCAUCAACGAUAUGCGGCAUUACUUCCGCUGUCUUCUCCAUGGCCUUCGACACGUCCACCAGGCCGGCAUCCUCCACCGCGACAUCAAGCCCACCAACUUUCUGUACGACAAUGCUCGCAGGUCAGGUGUACUCGUCGACUUUGGCCUGGCCGAGCGCCAGGGGACCGACUGGCAACCCUGUCUUUGUCAAGAGUCAGGUCAUAGGAGGCGAGAGAGGUUCAUGAAUUCCUAUGCUGUCCAGCUUUUGCAGUCUACACAAGAUCUGCAGUCGCAAAGCUACCCUAAGAACGAUAGCCGACCUUCACGGAGAGCCAACAGAGCAGGAACACGUGGCUUCCGAGCACCAGAAGUCCUGUUCAAAUGCACCUCCCAAACUACGAAAAUCGACAUUUGGUCUGCCGGCGUGAUCCUCCUUACGCUCCUGGCACGACGCUUCCCAUUCUUCAACAGUGCUGACGACGUUGACGCUAUGAUAGAGAUGGCGUCCAUUUUUGGAAGGAAGAAAAUGCAAGGCGUCGCGGGAAUGCAUGGCCAGGUCUUCGAGACAAACAUAGAGACUGUUGGCGAGCGUGGCUUUAGCUUCGAGAAGAUCAUUCUCUGGGCUAGUUGCCGAGAAAGAACGUCCGACACUCUCCGGAGGGGCGAAGAACAGGCUGUCGAGUUCCUCCAUGGGCUGCUCGAGCUCGACCCGCACAAGCGCUGGAGUGCAAAGGAGGCGUUGCAUCAUCCGUUCUUCACGGAACCGGUCGAAGACGAAGAUGAGCGGGAGGAGAGAGAAGCUCAUGAGGCCAUGAUGGAGGAGGAGGAGGAGGAGGAGAGGAGACGGCGUCGCUGA